AUGGCGUCCGACGGGGGAGGCUCGAAGCUCUACGUCCCGAACCUCGACUCGGGCGGCGAGAGCGCGGAGACGAAGGGCGCGCAGAUGCUCCGGAUGCUGAUGACGCACGUCGCGAUCCGAGUCGUGCAGGGCCACCUCGAGGGCCUCGGCAACGACGGAGGCUUCGCCCCGCAGGCGUCCAACUUUGACGGCUCGUGCGGGUCUCCCGACCUCGCGGAUCUGCUCUGGGCGAUGGAGAACGUGCCGCUCGGGGACGGCGACAGCUGGAUCAGCGCGUUCAUGAAGAAGAAUCCCGUGGUGGCGCUGCGAGUGUUGGAGGCGAGGAAGGCGUACUGCGAGGAGUUCGAUUAUCAACAGAUGCGGAGCGCGACGAGGGAGCUCAUCGACUCGGGCAACAUGUCGUUGAUGCGGGAGCACGCGAACAUCUCCUUCGGCAACGACGAGAACGUGAGACCGGGGAACGAGGGGGGUUCGGGGGGCACGGACCAGGGCACCGGCCGGUGGGGCAACGACGGGAGAAGCGGGGUGUGGGGCGCGUUUCCCGAGCAGGGGCGGCAGUGA